UUUAAAUAUAGUUUAGAAUGGAAGAAGAAAAUAACCUCCAGUUGACUGCUGAUUCAUUGAAAUGUCUUGAAGAAUUUGUCAAUAUGGCAAAAGACUACAGUAAUCCUUGCGAGCUCAAACCUAAGGAAAAGUUCAAUUCGGGAUUAUUUGCCCGCACAUAUACUCUCCUGUAUGAUAACGAAGCAGCUUCAGGAGCGUUCCAUAACUAUUGUUGCAGUGCAAUAGAGGGAUUUAUCAAGACCCAUUUUAGCUAUUUGGAGCAAAGAGAUAGUAAAGAAAUCCUUGAGAAAUUUCUAGAGACGUUUAAAUCCUUCUCUACCUUCUCAAGACUCUGGAGUAACGCCCUAGCCCAUGUGGAUAACAUGUACAUUAGGUUUUUAAAUCGUGGUAAAACUACCACAGUCAAGUCGAUGGAGUUGUUUAAUACCCUGAUCUUUGAGAAGUUCAGUGGCUUUAUUGUGGAAAAUCUCAUCAAUGCUAUCAACGAACUAAGAGAGUCUGAAUCGGUUCGAACUGACAUGAUCAGAGAUGUUAUUAGCAUAUUCAUUACUUGUGGCACCAGAAAUCCUAUAACUUUGAUAGGCGAUGAUGAAAAUACCACCAAAUGGGGUGGAGAAGUAGACCUGAGGCUUUACAAAGAAGAAUUCUUAAAACCAUUUCUUUCAAGAACCCGCCUUUAUUAUACAAAUAAAUUUGCCGAGCUUUGGAAGACUUGAGAUUUUCUAGAAUUUAUUCAUGAGUUCAGAAGAAUUCAAAUAAAGGAAAGAUACAUUGUAGAAAGCAUUUUGGAUAAGAGUUCUCAUUGUGAAGUUAUGACAGAGCUCCUCUUCAUUGUGUCCAAAAAUGAGUUCAUUAAGACCCAGAUUAGACAAGAAGCAUCUAACUUAAGACAGCUGAUCUUUGAUCAGAAGUUUGUAGAGAUUGAAGACAUUAUUCAAUUUUGCCAGGAAAUUUCAGUUGGUAUCAAAGAACUUUCUAGUGAAUUGAGACUCAUGAUAACCAGUGAUCUAGAAAAAGUGUUUAAUGACAAUAAUGAUUCAAAUGAUUCAGUCAAUCUAACAGACGCUUUAGUCAAUUAUCGCUUCCAGAUCCACCAAUUUAUUGAAGAGAAGCUACUUGGUGCUAAAUUUUUCCUAAAGGCGAAGCAGAGUUGCUUCGAAGAAAAAUUGAGAUCCUGCUACAAGACUGAAUGGCUGGCUAGUUACUGUGAUAAUUUCUUCACAAAAGAAGUGAAGAAGUAUGACGAUAUGGAGAUCACCAUGCAUUUAGAGAACAUUAUUGACCUCUUGAAGCUUAUUGAUGACAGAGAACACUUCCUUGCUUACUACUUUUACUACCAGUAUAAUAGAAUGCUUGCACAGACUUACUCUAACUAUUAUGCCGAGAGGGAGAUGGUCGACAAACUUACUGAACAACUUGGAGAAACUAGCAUGAAGAGGAUCAGUAAGCUACUUAUCGAUAUUGAGCUUUCGCAGGAUUUACAAGAUGAGUUUUGAAAAUCUGAGAUUUGUGAAGAUGCACUCCCAUUUGAUAUGUCGACCGUUGUCCUCUCUUCUACUAUUUUAGAGAAAGCACAAGAAAGAUAUCAAGAUGAAUGAUUAGUGAUUCCAACCGAACUAGAACUAUGCAAGAAAGUUUAUGAACAUUUCUAUAAAUCAAAAUAUAGCCAAAGAAAGUUACAAUGGAUCUAUACCAGAGGAGAAAUUGUGAUGGAGACUAAGUUCACUCCCCACCCAUAUACGCUGAAUGUUAACUGCUAUCAAGCAUCUAUCCUAUGCCAAUUUGAAGCCCAUGAAUCACUCACAGUUGAGGAACUCCAGAGGUUAACAUUUAUGGAUAGAAGUGUUCUGGUAAAGCAAUUGAAGCAUCUAUGUAAUCCAAAGAAAAACCUUCUUUGUUCGAAGUAUAAAAGUCAUCCUCUGUUUCUUGACCCAGACAUUAUUACACUAAAUUUGAAGUUCAGCCAUCCGCUGUUGAAGAUCAAUUACAUCCCUAAAAUUGGACCUAAGAUCAAGGAGAACAAGCAAGAAAUUCAUGAAGAAGUGAAACCUCUGAAGGAAGAGCUAGAGAUGGCAGAUAUCAAGCAGACCAAGGCUUUGAUUGUCCAUAUGAUGAAGAAGCGUAAGGUAAUGCAUCAGAAAGACAUCGUUUACAAAAUGAUGAGAAAGAGAGCCAAACUCAGAAGAAGCGAGAAGAUGAUUUUAGGAUGCAUUGAACAAUUGGCAGAAGCUGAAUAUAUGGCCUACAUGGACGAGUCGAGGGAGAAUUAUAAAUAUAUGCCAUAA